AUGAAGAACUUACUUAAAUCAUUGUCAUUUAAUUUACCUAAGGGUAACUAUAAACUCUUUCAUAUUCAAUCACAGCCAUGUCAAUGUAAACAUUUGUUGAUUUAUCAUAAAAAAAAUGCUCAAAAGCCUGAAUUAACUGUAAAGAUCAAGCACUUCAUAAGCUUAAUAGAUGAUGAUGAUCUUGUUGUUAUGGGUAUUGAAGUUUACAUAUAUUUGACGAUAUUCGAUGACCAUCUAAAACAUAGUAUAUUUAUUUCAAAAGCAGAUACUACUGGAUUGUCAAUUCAGAAAUAUCAAAUAAACAAAUUGAUCGAUGAUAUCUUGCAAUAUUUGAUCCAAUAUGAUAUAAGAAAUUACUGUCAUAAAAUUAAAUUAAAGUCAAACGAAACUGUAAUUGGAUCGGGAAGCAACCCAACAAUUAACUCUUUGAAUCGGAUAAUUGGCAAGUUAAGAGAAGGCACAUCAUACUAUAAAUCAAUCCCUUAUUAUAACGAAAUAGUGAUUCCGUCUACAAGUACCAAUUUGGAAACAAUUUUACCUCCAGAACGUAUUCAGACGUCUAUAUCGUUAUUCACCAGAGCCUCCGAACAAUAUCUCUUCCCUAACUCGUCAAAAAAUGAAAGAAAACACGUAAUUGGCGGCGAUGACUUAUUGAAGUGGUGGAUAAGGCUAAUAAACCGAACGCUUUUAAGUCAAACAACAGAAGACAAUUGGAAUUGCAAAUUGCAUAUCCCUGGGUCAGAUAACGUUUCGAUAUCCAAAAACUUACCUGAUCGUUCUAAAAAUAAUGUUGCAUGGUCAAUCGGUAGCAUAUUCGAUAAAGAUGCAGAGAAAUUAGCAAUAAAUCAGAUUCCUUUAUUUCCUGAUGACCCUAAAGGUCGUUUCUUAGAGCAUUUAAUAGUCGAAAAUAGAUAUAAGGCUACCAGUUUGAAACAGUUUUGGCAAGAGUUAGGAUUUAGGCAAGAAUUUCGGUUAGGUAAUGUUGUUGGUAUUAUUGGCUGUGAAAGAGAAGAAUUGAGCAUAAAUCCAACUGAGACAUAUAAUAGUACGUGUGUCUUGUCUUUGGGUCAAUAUAAAAAGAUAUUGAAUAGCAUAAAAAGUUCUGACUUUAAUGAUGCAGCUGAUAUAAAGGAUUUGGUAUCGGUUAAGAUACCUGAUUUUAUGAAAGAGUUUGGUGCUACCAAUUACUAUAUUCCACUUGAAGGCUCAAAUGACGCGAUUCCUAGAGUAGGAACCAUGUCUACAGUUAAUGAUUUGAAUCUAAAUGUGAAGAGAAAAUCAGACGCAUUAAAGAAGGAAACGGUUAAUGACAUAUCUGGCUCUGUAAAGAGAUCUGUGAAGGACAUAUCUGGUUCUAUAAAACGGAAGCCUGUAAACGACAUAUCUGGUUCUAUAAAACGGAAGCCUGUAAACGACAUAUCUGCAUCUGUAAAAAGAAAGUCUGUGAACACAACCUCUGUGGAGAAGUCUACCAAUAAUGUGUCGAACAAUCAGAGGAACAUUUCAUCACAUUGUGAUUCAUCCCCUCAGACACACUCUCCUAAUGUCAAUGUUAUAAAUGGCUUGAUCAGAAAAAAACCAAAGAAAUAA